AUGGUUCCUCCUCCAAUAAUUGGCGGUUGGAACGCCGAUUCCGACAGCUCGGAAGACAAUCUCGAUGAUGAAAAACCGAAUUCUGAGAAUAUUCCCGACCUAGUUUGCAUCACGCCUGAUGCAUCGCGCGGAUAUACUAAUAUGGGUCCAAUAGAAGAAGUAUUCGCCGUUCCUGCCAAUAGCUAUCUGGAUGUGGAAGUGCAGGAGCAGCGUCUUAACUCUGAUAGAUACCAGAAGCUAAAGCCUGUAUGGUUAAAGGCUACUAUAUAUAAACGACAUAUUGACACCGGCGAAGAGACCGGAAAAUGCGAAAAUUUGAGAGACGUAAUUAGAGCUCGUGGAAAGCGAACGGAAAAAAACAAACCAAUCGACCAAUGCGGACACAUUGUGGCAAACACAUUAGGUGGGAGGAUGCUUGACAUCAACACUUUUCCACAAAAUCCAGCCCUUAAUUGCGGUCACGUAGGAACACAUUUGCUUUGGCGAGCAUUUGAAGCCCUUAUGAAACAGUGGGUUAAGACAAUCCCGGAGAAAUAUAAUCCAAGAGUGGAAUUUAUUGUGAAACUCUUUUACGACGAUUCAAAUUAUCCUGAUCGACCUAAUAAGUUUUUCUACUCCAUUCGAUUCCUAGUGGAUGACGAUGAAGAUAGUGAAGCGGACGAAAAUGGCCAGAAGAAAUCCAUAUCUAUAUCUCAACUUCUGCGUAAUUGUAUACACACAAUUUUUGCAUGCCGAGCGAUGCAAUUAAAUACAAUCAAGGGAAAAGUUAAGGAGACAAUCAAAUCAUUAAGAGGAAGAUGCAAAAAAAAUACCGAUCAGUUAAUGAAAGACUUGUUUUUAGCCAUUGAUGAGAUCAAAACACCAAUUCCAAUUUCAACAGAUGAACCACCGAAACCUGUUGAAUGGCAGCCACGUCAUGUUGAUCUUCGUGAACAGAAGCCAGAAGGUCGAACUUACUUUGACUGGAGCGAUAGUGAAUUGCAACAAUGGAAAGAAAAAGCCAUCAAAAUGCAGGAUGCACACGUGAAAGAUAAUAAUCGCACAGAAUGGUUCGCCUACAAUUUCGAACAUCGAGAUGCUUUGGAAUUACGUAUUUUAGUAGCACUUCAUGGUGUUCGAAUGCCGGCGGAAAGCAGUAAAGCAGCGCCUUCAUGUCCUACAAAAACUUAUUCACGUGAAGAACGACUUGAAGCUCGCAAAAUAAAGAAGGUGAUUACCAGGCACUGCGAUACUCCAGAACAUAUUCAUUUUAAUAUCAUCUACGUAUCAACUGCAACUAAAAUGGCUAAUGACCCAGCAUUUUAUGCAAGCGAAGAGCCAGUUUUCGUCAUCAAUGUACAACGGAAGUUCAUCGAUAGAAAUGGUAGAGUUUACACUAACUUUGAAGAUUAUAAAGCAAACAACACAUUACCAAAAGCUGCUACAUUAGCGCCGAAAGAUGGAACUUAUACACCUACAGAGACAAGCAACGGCCGUGUCCUUCUAGAGCUAGGUGAAACACCAGCUACCUGUCUAGUUUCACGUAUCAAAGCUGUCACUGAUACAGUUGUCAUGGUUGGUGGAAUUGCUUUAGGUGUGACAGGUGUAGUCACAUAUUUCGCUCCUGCUCUAUUCUCCGCAACGGCAGCGAGUGUCGUUCAAACUGGUUCUUUCUUUGUUAUGACUUAUGGUCUAGCCGGAACUGCUUAUGGCAUUUAUGAUAAGACCACGCAUGAUGAGGGCAUUAGUACUGAAGUUUUUAUUCUGAUUUCUGCAGCAUUAUCGACUUACUCUGGUGUGCUUCGAGCACAGGCCAUGAAAUACGCACGUGAAGGAAAAACGUUUGCGGAAACUAUGGAAAAAAUUGGUAAACUCCGUAGUGCCAUGUUCACCAUCGCCAAUACGCUGACCAUAUUCUCGAGUUCGGCAGCACUUCUUUCUAGUAUUUUUAAUCUCUUGACGAAAAGAGAACGUACAUGGUUAGAUUACUAUCAACUUUGCAUGAGUACAUUUAUGCUUUGUAAUGUUCUAACAAAACCAAGAACUCUUAAAAGCGUUUUCGAAUCAGAACAAAUGCAGUGUUUAAAACAAGUUAAAUCAAAUCUUAAAUCCGAAGAAGCUAAGGAAGAAAUGACGAAGAUGGAAAAAGCGCAUUCGACCUCUGAUCAAAAAGCAUAUAUGAUUCGAAACUUGACCAAGAUCGAAAAUCCCACUGAGUUCUUCGAAUUGAUCCGAAAAACUGGUAGUGUUGUUACUUGUACUGCUGAUGGGAUGAUCGUCGAUGGAAAUAUUGAUAUUACCCCAGAAGCGUACAAUCAAAUCGGCAAAGCUGCGUUCGUCGAAAAGCUCGACACAAUUGGUGCAAGUCGGGAGGAUACUUUUCGUGAGAGCGUGGAUGAAGAGUUUGACAAGUAUAUCCCAGAAGAAAAUAAGGAAAAGUUUCGAACCGAAUUAGAAAAGGUUAAAAAGUUACCUGCCGAACAACAGGAAGCAGCAACGAAAAAACUAGUUCAAGAUUUGGGAGGUCAAGGUGGUCCAUCGGAAGAAGAGUUCAAUUCUUCGUGGAAAAAUUCUCAAACAGUUUACGAAAAUACGAUGAAUGAAAAGGUCGAUAACGUGAUCGACCGAUGGGAGGAAGGAACUACUGAUCCUGAACAAAAGAAAGACUUCACCAAUCUUAGAGAUUUGGCGAAAAAACGUGUUUAUGGUACGAUGACAAACGGAGAAAGUGAACAGUACAGUGAAAACUUCAACAAAUGCUCAAGUCAUCGAAAAGAGUACUUUUUCCAAUCAUCAGCCAAUCAUCGCGAUGACGUAAAUAAUCCUACCAGUGAUGACACUUUCAGAAAGAAUAUUGAAACGUUUACCAACUCACAGAAUGAACGUUUGUGUUAUCAUAUCAAUAUUGAUGAUGUGAAAAAGAAUUUACGCGACGCUUUUGGCGUACCAAAUCAUGAGGAUAUUACGAUAAACGGUGUCAAAGUGUUCGAAAAUAUGAAACCUAGCGAUUAUCAUCGACUCAAUCGUCUGCUACAAGACAACGGCCCAAAUGGACCACGUCUACUGGCUAAUAUCAAAACUAUUGUUGAAGAUCCCAGCUUUAAUGGGAAGAUGCGAACAACUAAUGAUAUAUUUGCAAUAGCAGACGAUAUUAAGAACAAAAUGGAUAUACCUGCGGAAGAUCAAUGUCAAGCAUCUAACAACACCCCAUCGAAUAGCACAAAUUCAACAGAGAAUUCCAAUACAACUACUGAAGCAGUGAAUACAUCUCGUUCUGAAGAAGCAGGUCUCAGUCUUCCCGGCAUAUGUGAUGAUUCUCAUUCCGAAACAACAAAUCCUGGUCUCCCUGACGCCUCAGCGGAACCCAGUAGUGAUCCUCCCAUGAGUCAUCAAGUUGAAACGAAUGCAGAAAAUACCGAAACUGAUCAUUCCUAUCCUGGUGUUGAAGCAUUUCCUACUGUUAAGAUAAAUCAAACCGAAACAGAAUACAGCACAGAACCUGCUAGAAAACCGUUUGGUAUCCGUGGAUUUCUUGGCCUUGUAUUUAAGUUAUCGGCAAUAAGCCACGGAAACGGAGGAAGCGAAUUAAAGCUAUACGAAAAUUGA